AUGUUUUCGUCAGAAAAAUAUAUGUACGAAGAUAUAAUCGAAACGUUCAAAUACGCCAGUUGCACGCUACAUGAUAAAACUGGCAUUAGUCAGGACCCAGUCAACGAAGUAAGCAACCUCGGUGUAGACGCCAGGGUAGUUGGGACGGGCACAGCCGUAGCCCCAGGACACGAUGCCGGCCAGGUAGGGGGAGCCGGUGUCAGAGCAAGCAAGGGGGCCGCCAGAGUCACCCUGGCACGAGUCCUUGCCGCCCUCGGGCACUCCGGCACAGAUCAUGGAGUUGUUGCUGGAGAGCACAACAGGGAUGUGGAUGAGGGCAACGAGCAGACGAUCGUCCUUUCCAAGAUCAUCCAACACGAGGACUACAACGGUUUCACCAUCAGCAACGACAUCUCCCUGCUCAAGCUGUCUCAGCCUCUGACCUUUAACGACUACGUGGGCCCCAUUGCCCUUCCCGAAGCAGGUCACGCUGCCUCUGGUGAAUGCAUCGUGUCCGGCUGGGGCGCUCUGUCUGAAGGAGGAAGCUCCCCCAGUGUUCUCCAGAAGGUGUCCGUUCCCAUCGUGUCUGACGCCGAAUGUCGCGAUGCUUAUGGCCAGAACGACAUUGAUGACUCCAUGAUCUGUGCCGGAGUGCCCGAAGGCGGCAAGGACUCGUGCCAGGGUGACUCUGGCGGCCCCCUUGCUUGCUCUGACACCGGCUCCCCCUACCUGGCCGGCAUCGUGUCCUGGGGCUACGGCUGUGCCCGUCCCAACUACCCUGGCGUCUACACCGAGGUUGCUUACUUCGUUGACUGGGUCCUGGCUAAUGCUGUCUAAAUGACUAUAAUUACAUGAAAUAAAGAUUCAGAUUGUGAAAAAA